UCUCUCUCUCUCUCUCUUCGAUAUCUUGUGGGGGGACGGGAAGGGAGGCUUAACCUAUAGAUCUCAGAGGCCAGAGGGGCGAGAGAAUGGCAGCUGCGCCAGCAAGAGCUCGAGCCGAUUACGAUCAACUCGUCAAGCUUCUCCUCAUCGGCGACAGCGGGGUUGGAAAGAGUUGCCUGCUGUUGCGCUUUUCAGAUGAUUCAUUUACAACAAGUUUUAUUACCACAAUCGGAAUUGAUUUCAAGAUUAGAACCAUUGAGCUUGAUGGGAAGCGCAUCAAGCUGCAAAUAUGGGAUACCGCUGGGCAAGAGCGUUUCCGAACAAUCACAACAGCUUAUUACAGGGGAGCCAUGGGUAUAUUGCUGGUGUAUGACGUAACCGAUGAGUCAUCUUUCAACAACAUCAGAAACUGGAUCAGGAACAUAGAGCAACAUGCUUCUGACAAUGUUAACAAGAUACUAGUGGGUAACAAAGCAGACAUGGAUGAGAGCAAAAGGGCUGUUCCAACAUCACGGGGUCAGGCACUAGCCGAUGAAUAUGGCAUCAAGUUUUUUGAGACUAGUGCAAAAACAAAUCUCAACGUGGAGCAGGUCUUCUUUUCUAUUGCUCGAGAUAUAAGACAAAGACUUGCCGAGAGUGACACCAAAGCAGAGGCCCCAACCAUCAAAAUCAGUAAACCUGAGCCGGGUAAGGCAUCGACUACUUUAGAGAAAUCCGCGUGCUGCGGCACCUGAGCUUUUAGCAGAUCUUGAAAGCAUUGCCACAAUUUUCUUGUCCUGAAAAUUGUAUCCGGUUAGCCGUGUCGAAGUGAAAGCCCCAUCCUACAUUUAAGGUUUCUGGUGUUGUACUUCUUCCUCAACCGCUAUGGAAAACUCAUAUUUGAGUGCCUUAUUAUACAGGGGGCUGCUGCCUCGUGGCCUGUGUAAGUAGCAACUUAAAUGCCGGUGUUUGUAUUUUAGAGUUACCUUCCGAAAUAUUCAUCCUUGAGAUCAAUGCAAUCUCAUAUACCAUGAUGUUCUGUUA